AUGGACGGAUCGGCCGCGGAGCUGGAGGCGGCGGAGCGGGUGGUGAUGCGGUGGGACUCGGCCUCGGCUGGCGCCGGCGCGGACGAGCCGAUGUUGUUCGACGGUGGUGGGGACCGGGCCGAGGCCGACCGGUUCCUCCGCGCCGUCGACGACCUGCGCCGGCUCGCGCCGCCGUCGCCUGCGGCCGUCGGCAGCCCGCGCCGCCUCUCGUCGUCCUCGGCGUCCUCGGCGGCGUGGAGCGGCGCCGUGCAGGUCGCCAUGGCGCGGCUCGAGGACGAGUUCCGCCACGUGCUGUCGUCGCGCGCCCUCGACCUCGAGAUCGAGGCGCUCGCCGACCUCAGCUCGCUCUCCAUCAACAGCGACCGCUCCAACUCCGCCUCCUCCGCCGACCUCCCCGCCGCCGCAGCCGCCGACGAGGACGACUCCGUGUCCUCCUCCAUCGGUCGCCGCAGCACCGCCUACCGCUCGCUCCGGAGCAUCCGGGAGAUCGACCUGCUGCCCGACGACGCCGUCGCGGACCUCCGCGCCAUCGCGUCCCGCAUGGCCGCCGCCGGGUACGGCCGCGAGUGCGCACAGGUGUACGCCUCCGUCCACAAGCCCGCCGUCGACGCCUCCCUGCGCCGGCUCGGCGUCGAGCGCCUCAGCAUCGGCGACGUCCAGCGCCUCGAGUGGGACGCGCUCGAGGCCAAGAUCCGCCGGUGGAUCCGCGCCGCCCGCGCCGCCGUUCGCGGCGUCUUCGCCAGCGAGCGCCGCCUCUGCUUCCACAUCUUCCACGACCUUCCCAUCUCCAGCGCCACCAUCUCCACCGCCUCAGCGCCCGCCACGCACGACACCCCCUUCGCCGAGGCAGUCAAGGGCGCCGCGCUGCAGCUCUUCGGCUUCGCCGAGGCCAUCAGCAUCGGCCGCCGCUCCCCUGAGAAGCUCUUCAAGAUCAUAGACCUCCACGACGCGCUCUCGGACCUCCUCCCCGACGUCUCCGACAUCUUCGCCGCCUCCAAGGUCGCGGAGUCCAUAUACGUGCAGGCCGUUGAGAUCCGGUCGCGCCUCGCCGAUGCCGUCAGAGGGAUACUCUCGGAGUUCGAGAACGCCGUGCUCCGCGACCCGCCCAAGACGGCGGUGCCUGGCGGUACCAUCCACCCGCUCACUCGGUAUGUGAUGAACUAUAGCAGCCUCAUUUGCGACUACAAGGUCACGCUCUCCGAGCUCAUCAUAUCGCGCCCAUCAGCUAGCGCUCGUCUUUCUGCUGAGGGCAAUGAGCUCGCGCCGUCCUUGGCCGACCUCGAGCUCCCUGAGCUUGAGAACCAGUUGCCACUUGCCUCUCACAUUGUCUGGAUCAUUGUUGUUCUUGAACACAACCUGGAGGGCAAGGCCGCACUCUACAAGGAUCCAGCUCUCUCGCAUCUGUUCAUGAUGAACAAUGUACACUACAUUGUACACAAGGUGAAAGAUUCGCCGGAUCUCUGGGGCAUGAUCGGUGAUGAUUACUUGAAACGGCUUACUGGCAAGUUCACAGUGGCAGCCACAAACUACCAGCGCACCUCAUGGUUGAAGAUCUUGAAUUGUUUGCGUGAUGAGGGGCUCCAUGUAAGUGGUGGCUUUUCGUCAGGGAUAUCCAAGUCGGCGCUGCGGGAGCGGUUCAAGUCCUUCAAUGCUGCAUUUGAGGAUGCACAUAGGGUGCAGUCGGGGUGGUGUGUGCCAGACAACCAGCUGAGGGAGGAGCUCAGGAUCUCAAUUGCUGAGAAGCUGCUGCCAGCAUACCGGUCAUUCCUUGGCAGGUUUCGACAUCAUAUAGAGAAUGGGAAGCAUCCAGAGCUGUACAUUAAGUACUCUGUUGAGGACCUUGAGAUAGCAGUGGGUGAUUUCUUUGAGGGUGUUCCUCCUUCCCCACAUAACAGGAGGAGAUCACAUGGAUGA